AUGGACCACAAGGAAAUAAAUAGGACGAGAACAUUCCUCUGCAUCAAGGUGAAGAUAGAUCUUCAUAAACCUCUGAAUAGAGGAACAGUCAUCAAAUACCAAGACAUACAGUUGAGAGUCUUUUUCAAGUACGAGAGACUCCCCACUUUUUGUUUUGCAUGCGGAAGAAUUAGCCACCAACUGAAGGAUUGCGAGGAACUGGGGGGAAAUGGGCUAGAAGAUUUUAAAGAUAUUGAAGAGAGCGAACUUUCAUUUGGACUUUGGCUAAAAGCUUCCCCUCUCCCGAAAAGCAAUGAGGAACCCAUAAAGGAUCAUAGUUCGGGAAGUUUUAGUAGGAACUUGUUUGAAUCACCUUCUCAAAGUGGAGGAAGUGGUUCUGGGAGGACUAUUAGUGUGAGAAAAGGCAAUCAACAACAUCAGGGGCCUAAUGGUGAAGAUGAACUGAAGGGAUAA